AUGUCAAAAAGGAGAAGAAAGACUGCAAACAAUGACACUUCUGAGGAUAACAGCGUUAGAGGACCAAAUUCUGCCCUUACGCAAUUCUUGAGGGAACAAGGUAUCAGCGCCGACAGUAUUAGGAAACGGUGGUUAAAAUCCAAAGAAGCAGAAAGUCAGGGCGCACUUGAAUCUGAGAAAUUCAAGAAGGAGGAUGAGGCAGAACAAGAACUAGCUGUCCUUCCGUCACUUGAAGAUAGUGAAACGGAAUCAGAUCCUGAUCCAAACGGAAGAGGAGGCCGGCUCAAAAGGCUUGGAUACUCAGAUGAUAGUGACGAAGAGGAAUACGAAUCCAAUGGUAAGUCAAGAACAGUUUCUACAACCCCAGGGCCUAUAGAUAACGGUAUUGAUGAGGAGGCAAGGCUGAAAAGGAGAAAGCAACAACUGCAACAGCGAAAGCGUAAGAAAAAAAGAGCAACGGAACUUUUGGAUCGAAAAGUAAGACGGAUUUCAACUCUUCAAGAUAUUUGCAUUAACAAAAUUUCCGACAAUAUUUCUAAGCUUCAAAAUGAAAAUUCUACUGGUGACGAUUCGAUUUCAUCUAACAUUCGAGAAAGUCUGGGCGGGAUAUCAUUAGAAAAUUUGAAUAAAUUAGCUCGGACCUUGUCAAAGAAUAGGGCAUUGAAUGAUCACACGCUUCAACUUUUUUUAAGAACUCAGCUUCGCUCUCUGAGCUUUCAUGACUGUUCCAAGAUUUCCUAUGAAGGUUAUAAGCUUCUGGCCAUUUUUGCACCACACUUGACGCAGUUGUCCUUGCAGAUGUGUGGUCAAUUGAACAAUGAAUCAUUGUUGUAUAUCGCUGAAAAAUUGCCCAACUUAAAGGAGCUUUAUUUGGACGGUCCCUUCUUGAUCAAUGAAGAAACGUGGAAUUGUUUUUUUGAAAAAAUGAAAGGCAGGCUUCAGGCUUUUCAUGUUUCUAAUACUCACAGAUUUGAUGAUCACUGCUUGGGUAGCCUCCUUCGGAACUGUGGAAGCAGCUUAAGAUCUUUGAUGCUCUCGCGAUUGGAUGCAGUCACUGAUUAUUCACUUCUUCCACAAUACUUGACAAAUUCCGAAUUUGAGUGCCUAAAUUUGCAAUACCCGCACAAGGAGGACUAUAUCAAUGACGAGGUCAUCAUUAACAUUUUAAGUCAAGUCGGUGGAUCCUUGAAGAAACUCAAUCUUAAUGGUUGUGUGGGGCUAACGGAUGCGACCAUUAUUAAUGGAAUCUCGACAUUUUUGCCUAAGUCUUCUGGUAUUAGUGUGCUUGAGUCUUUGGAAUUAGAGGAGCUUGCCCAGGUUACGACUGACGGAUUGGUGUUUUUAUUUAGUCAAGUACAAAUGCCUAAUCUGACUCAUUGUAGCCUUAAAAGAUGCCUUCAAGUGGGUGAUAUGGCAAUUACAGAGUUUUUUCUAAAUGAAGCUAGUGGACGCCUCGAAAGUUUGAAUCUGAAUUCACUGAAGACUCUAACGAAAGAUUCUUUUAAGAUAAUGAGCUGUCCUCUAUUGCGAAGACUGGAUUUGGGUUUUGUUCGAUGCAUUGACGAUGAAGCGAUAAACUUGAUAUGUCUUCAAAACCCUAGCUUGAAAAUUAUCGAGGUAUUCGGAGACAAUAUGGUGACUGGCAGCGCUCAAAUCAGGUCAGGAGUUGCGGUAAUUGGGAGGCAGAGCGAUAGUAUAUAA